AUGACGGCUAUACUGUACGCCCUGAUUGCGCACGGUGGUAGCGUGAUUGCCGAUUAUACUGUGCCGCAGUCGCACGUGUCUGGAAGUCCGCAGUUCCACGUGAACUUAGACGCCGUUGCGAGAACUCAGCUGUCCAAGCUCUUGUCAAAGAACGGCCACGGUACUGCGUGCGUCUUGGGCCACUACUUCCACCACAGCAUUAUCGACGGCCUCACUCUCCUGUGCGCAACAGCGUCCAACGAAGACGAUGAUCUCCCUCGUCGGUUUCUGGUGCUGAACAACACAAGCACGCGGAGCGAACUGCUGGCACGCAUCCUCAGUCGUUUGGUGAACGACUACAACGCCACCACCGACAAACUUCGGUCAAUCGAGAGCAACCUGCAGCAGACCACCGACACGUUGCGCAGCAACAUAACCAGCAUUUUGGAACGCGGGGAGAUAAUCGACUCUCUGGUGUCCAAGUCCACCGCGCUGAAAGACGAGACCCUGGCCUUUCGCAAGGUUGCGCAGCAGGCCAAUUGGGGGUUCGUGAGACGUCUGCUACAUCAGGUCUCCGACAUCGUUCUUACGCGCAACUUCGCGGCAACGUUAUCGGUAGGUGUUUUGGGUGCGCGUUAA